AUGCGUAGCCCUCUGAGUAAAAUAUUCCAAAUUCACACUGGUGGAGCCGAAGAACAGUGGUUCGCCAGAGCUCAAUGUAAAGACUGUCGUCUUCGUCGAAGGUUGAGUGAAAUGAUGAUGCUAGCCUCGGUAGAAGCGAGUCAACACAUGAUGUUCGUAUGGCUUCAAGGUUUUCAUGGCAUGCGCAAGUUAUGUCUUGAGAAACUGUUCUCAAGCCGUUGCGGCGCCUUACCGUGA